AUGAUGCUUGAUGGCAUCAGCGGACAUGUCACUAACCUGGGCAUGGGAAGGGGACCCUUUGUAUCAGUAUCUGGAACUUCAUAUAAGUCCAGCCGGCCAGAAAAGAUGUUCAUUAUUGUUCUGCUGCUGAUUUGUGCUUGGAGUGGUGUGAGAAGUGACCCCCCGGCUGAAGCUGAAGAGAUGGGAGUCUGCGGAGACAACAAUUGCUCAAAGCCUCUAGAGACACUGAAGUUUUCACCCAAGAAAGGAUCCAACUGCAACUUCUUUCUAGAUCGUUUACAGAUGAAUUCGAGUGACUUCCAAGAAGACAGUCUGCUGGACAUGAUGUUCACUAGCCCUAAGAGGAUCAUUAUGCGGAUCAACAGAUCGAACAAAGAGCAGGAGAUGAUCACUGCUUAUCCCUCUCUCAAUCAGCUGACUCAGUGUUUGAAGCCCAUCAAAAAGAAUUUCGCGUCCAGAGUCAAAAUGACUGCCAAGGAGGCUAUUGCAUUAAUCAGAGCCAGCGUAGAAAAAAAUAAUGGAAUCACGACAGGAGACGAGGCUAAACAUGAAACGAAAUCAGUUGAAAGUGUCGAGAAAGUAACAACAGAGGAAAGCAAAAACUCGGCUGGAAAAUCAAUGCAGCAAUCAAAUGAAGCUGCAAAAAGGGGAACCACGAUGGAGGGAAAAUCAGAGUCGAAUGAGGAUUAUAAAACUGUCGAGGUUAAGAAAGAGACUUCUUCAAUUUCAAGCAGAGAGGAACCAGUCAAUGUUCAAAGUCAAGAUCGACCAACGAUCGGGACAAAUUACAAGACAGAUGCUUCUACUAAUGCAGGAUUCAAUGAAGAGAUCUCAACUACUGCAGAUCGUAAGGAUGAAGUUGAAAAAGUUGCAGCUUCCAAGGAAAAUGAUCCGAUUAUCGCAGCUCCUAAAAUAGAUUUAUCUAAAACUGAAUUUCAAAAUGAAGCUGCAAUUGGCAGAGAUUUGAACUCGGAUAAGUUGAGCCCAGAAACCAAAGAGAAGCCACCGUCCACAGUUGAACCGAAAUCAGAAACUAAAGAAUUUGCGACGUCCGAAAAAGAAAUGGGAGGUGAUGAAUUGGCCCUUAACACUGAAACAGAGUUAGAUCGGAAAACAGAUAAAGAAUCCAAUGCAGAAUCAGAGCAACAAAUAUAUGCAAGUGGGAGCAAUCAGACAUUAAGUUCAGCGACCGAAACAGGCGAGAUCUCUCGUGAUCAAGUUGUAGCAACUGAUGCGGCCAUAGAAAUUGAAACUGGACUUAAAACAGAAGAAAAAGAAAGUGACAAAUCAAUUGAGGAAUCUGCUGGACAUUCAGCAAGUGGUUCCGAGGGCUCAGAAAGAAAUGAUACCAAGGAGGCUACUGAUUCAGCGAUAAUGGCGCUAGUUAAUGGCACUAAAUCAAUUACCCAAGAUCUGUUUAAACAACUCCACUCUUCGAAUAUCUCGACAUCAGACUUCGUGUUUAACUCGGGUCAGUUCUACCUGAAAGCGGCAUCAAUCGCCAAAAUACUGGCAGUCGCAGCUUCGUCUGACCAAGUAAAACCCCAUAUUGUCCAAACGCACUCAUCCAAUUCAGUAGACUCUGGAAUGCCAUUGCACGCCCGUUUGAAAGAUGGCAUUUCUGAUGAGAAAGUAGUUGAAGAAGUGAAGCCUAUUCAGACAGAAGAAGCUGUGGAAUCAUAUAAUGCAGCUCCUCAAACACCACAGGGAGAAGUAACGUCGAACGAAGCCUCAGUUACUAAUGAAGAAAAUGCAUCAAAGGAUAAUUUGGCGCUUGAUGAACCGGGCGUUGCAAAAAUUGACGAUGGGCAGUUGCAAGCUCAAACAACGCUGACGACAAACCUUCAAAAUCAUAUAGAGCCAACACCUGAAGAUGUUCAUGAAACACUGCACAAAGGAAUUGUUGAGGAUCAUUUGUCGAAGAGCGGAGUUAAACCUGAUCCUGUAAAAAUUACUGAUUUCAGCGAAGAAAAAGAAACAAGUCUUCAGGGCGAUGAUAUCCGUUCUCAUGGCCAUGGAAAUCAAUCUGACCAUGACGAGCAUUCUCACGAUCAUGAUUCCCAUUCUCCUGAUGGCGAUGAUGAUGAAAUCAAUUCCCGCAGCCACUCUCAAAGCCAUUCUCACGACCAUGAAGGCCAUUCUCACGACCAUGAAGGCCAUUCUCAAAGCCAUUCUAACAACCAUGAAGGCCAUUCUCAUGGCCACGAAGGCCACUCUCACGACCAUGAAGGCCAUUCUCACGACCAUGAAGGCCAUUCUCAAAGCCAUUCUAACAACCAUGAAGGCCAUUCUCAUGGCCAUGAAGGCCAUUCUCAAAGCCAUUCUAACAACCAUGAAGGCCAUUCUCAUGGCCACGAAGGCCACUCUCACGACCAUGAAGGCCAUUCUCACGACCAUGAAGGCCAUUCUCAAAGCCAUUCUAACAACCAUGAAGGCCAUUCUCACGACCAUGAAGGCCAUUCUCAAAGCCAUUCUAACAACCAUGAAGGCCAUUCUCAUGGCCACGAAGGCCACUCUCACGACCAUGAAGGCCAUUCUCACGACCAUGAAGGCCAUUCUCAAAGCCAUUCUAACAACCAUGAAGGCCAUUCUCAUGGCCACGAAGGCCACUCUCAAAGCCAUUCUCACGAGCAUGAAGGCCAUUCUCACGACCAUGGAAUCCAUUACCAUAAAGUCCCUUCAUUUGGUCAUGAUGAUCAUUCUCACGGCAAUGAAAAUCACGAAAGAAAUGGUUUCGAUGAGUUUUCUUGCUCGCAUGAAACGGAUGACUCGCUGCUUAAAGAAGGAAGUUGUCAGUCGGUUCCACGCUAUCUGCGACAUAUACUUCCGAAACAAGUUAUUCAUCAUGAGAAAGUGGCCAGCCACCUGGUAGAAUGCGACAAAUUGCUGUCGCGUCUUGAUUUGGAUUAUGCGUCUGUGGCAUGCAAAAAGUAUUCUGCGAGUGUGGGAUGGCUGUGUCGGGAGAAGGUGUUCCAGCUGCCACUCUGGUUCUGGACUCUCCUCCUCGUCUUCCUCGCUAUCCCCUACUGCCUCUUCUCUCUACUCAAACGGGCGUUCACCGACAAUGAUCCGCUGGCUACAAACGUGAAAGAAUUUGAAAGACGACAACUGUCUCUGUUGAGGGAAAAAGCGGACAUGAAACGCAAGAUUGAUUCAUUCGACUCCGAGAAAGAGGCUUUCGCCGAAGAGUUCGACAAACUUCGACAGGCGUUUGAGAACCUGAAGGUGCAAUACGGGAAUCUGAUGGGCGAAAAGGCAAAGUCAGACUCGGAAGUUAAAACAGCCGCCAAUCUCAUCAGACAACUGGAGGAGGACAACCAACGCAAUAUGGCCAUUGUGAGACAGAUGGAAGGAGAAUUAUUGGAGACCAAACAGCUCUAUGAGCAGGAAGUGGCCGCCAAAAAACACAAGGAAGAGGAUUUGUUCCAGCUCAGCCAGAAGUCUUCGAGCAUGUCAGAGUCGUGUGGGGUGCUGCAGGAGCAAAAUGCGAGACUCCGAAUCGACUUGGAAGCACAGCACGAACAAAUUCAGUCGCAGAGGCAACACUCAGAGGCCUUGCAAGCAACAAUUGAGCAAUUGAACGCGGAUAGAGAUGGACUGGGGAAGAAAUUGGCCUUGGUUGAGUUGGCGGCAAAGAGCAAGGACGACGUGAUAGAGAAACUGCAGGAAGACAUUAAGGUGCUAAAGCGAACCCUAGCAAGUAGUGAAGUGCAAUCUAUUCUGAGCGGAAAUAAUGGUAAUGGUAGUGGAGGAAGCAAAAGGAAGAAGUCUUCAGUAACUGCAGCGAACAAAGAGGGCAAAGAGAAAGAGGAGAAUGGAGAAGGGUGGGAUGAGUUUGAUGCCGACUUGGACACUGACAGUGGAGACGGCGAUGAUGAGAAAUCAGCGGCAGAAAAGAUCGAACAGAUAUUCAACGCCGCCAAGAUUAAGGAAGAGCUGGAGGCUCUGAAGUCAUUGCAUUCAGAGAUAGUGGCCAAACUCCAGGAACAAACGGACAAGGCAGCUGCAUGCGAAGCUCGUGCAGUGUCGGCUGAGAGUAAACAGAAUGAGAGUGAGAAACGACUGGGGAAGAAGACUAUUGAAUUCGAAGUGGUUCAGAGGUUAUGGAAAUCGACAGAGGCGGAGUUGAGAAAGGAGAUAGGAGAGAUGCAACAACAGAAGUUCCAAAUCAACCAUUUGCUGAGCACGGCCGAAACAGUCAAGCACUCGGCCACCGAGAGCUCACUGUCAUACAAACAACAGGCGGAAGAGAUGCGGGCGCUUCUGGAGACGACGGAGGCUAGAAAUAAGGAAGACAUCUCCAAACUGGAAAAGUCACUUCACACAUCAUGGAUCAACUCGCGUAAACUGGAGCAGAAACUGCAGCUGAUGCAACGAGAUAAUGACAUUCUAAGGAAAAGACUGACGCACGUGGAUGCCGACAGCGUUCCGGAUGAGGAAUCACCCGCUCCCAAAGGGUCCUCCACCUCCAGGUCAAAAGAGGGCGCUAGGAAGUCUUCGGGUAACCAAAGUUCAAGAAAGACCAGGAACAGGCGCUCCAGUUCGCCGACAUAUACCGAUGAAAACCGCGAGAGAAACGUGUCGUUUGAAGACGAGUGGAUGGGAUUCGACACUUCCAUGCCCAUGUUGCCGCCCCCUCCCCCUUUCUUGCCGAUGAUGGGCAUGCCCCCUCCUCCUCACCACCCAGGGGCCAAUGGAGGGGCGCCCCCACACAUGAUGAUGCCCCCACAUGGAAUGCCAGGGGAUCCCAUGCAUGCAUUCAAUCCAGCCAAUCACAACGGAAUGUUCGACAAUUUCAUGAUGGCAGCAUAUACGAGCCCACAGCAGCAGUACCAACAGAAUAGCAGCGGAACCAAUGGCGACAACUUGUCAGAGCCCAGCAGAGAUGUGAACACUUCACGUCCCGAUGAAUCUUCAGCGAGAUAUGCAAAUGGCGUGCGGAACCCUAGUCAACACCAGCCGGAGUCGGGAUACCAAACAGGUAUGGGCCACUAUGCCCAUGCGUACCAUCAUCACCACAUGAUGCAACACCACAAGGAACCAUGCAGCGGGAACCAACACAACGAAGCAGUCAUGAACCACUCUUUUGAUUCUACAACAGCGGACAGAGUGGACAGAAACAGUAGCAGUCAUCAUCACACCCAAAUAGAUCACCAUAACCAGUCCAUGUGAACAGUAAAACUCCUCUCGCAGGUGUGUUCCGGCGCUCGCUGCUGAUAGUUCCAACCCGGUGCCAGAAAAAAUAGUAUUGUAAAUUUUGGGAUUUUGUAGCUAAUUCUAAUUGCAUAUAUAUCAUACAUGUUAAAUAUUGACAUUUUGUGAUUGAAAUUUUAUGUCUCGCCGUCAGUUCUUGUUUCCAGGUUCCAGUAUAUUUGAAUUUAUGGUCUAACCUUG